AUCUGACAGCUCGGAGAGAGAAGAACGCCGAGAGAGAGAGAGAAGAUUUUGCGGUGAAAUAUAAGUUGUGGGUUUGGGUUCAAAUCAACAAACUUGAAUCGCUUGAUCAUCGCCAUCAUCUUCCAAUGGACGGUGAUGGGGGUGUUGGUGGUGCUAGGGGCGCGGAACCUCAAGUUUCUGGGGUUCAUUGCUCGAUUUGCUCGGGUUUGGUGUCGGAUAAUGGAGGAAGAUCCAGGGCUAAGCUGCAAUGUGGGCAUGAGUUCCAUCUCGAUUGCAUUGGCUCAGCAUUUAAUACGAAGGGAGAGAUGCAAUGCCCAAAUUGCCGAAAGGUCGAGAAAGGCCAAUGGUUGUAUGCCAAUGGCUGUACUCGUUCAUUUCCUGAGUUUAGCAUGGAUGACUGGAAUCAUGAUGAGGAUCCCUACGACCCAAGUUAUUCUGAAAUGCCAUUUAGAGUUCACUGGUGUCCAAUUGGUGAAUUGGCCCAAAUCGCUACACCAAUUGAGGAAGUGGAAUCUUCAUUGAACGCAUAUCACGACGUGCGGGAACACCAUGGCAUGCCUACUGAAAGCACUGAUGCAUCAUCUGUGGCUCAUUCAUAUGUUGCAUACUUUGGACCAAUUCCACAUGCAUCCUCAAGAUCAAGUGAUAGCGUUGAUGAUCCUCACUUCAAUUAUCCGUGGAAUGGUCUAUCUGGACAUAAUGAGAUAUUAAAUCCCCAUACCUUUUCUGCCAAUGGCAUUCAAUACCAUAGUUGGGGCCAUCAUUCCCCUCCCUUCUCCCAAUUUGGUAACCAUAUCAAUGGUGCUGAUCCAGCUUCUGUUCCACCAGCGACACGGGGAUCUAGUCACAGUGAUUCUGAUGCUAUUACAAGGUCCAGAAUGUUUCCAUCUCCGCUUGUCUUUGCUCAUGGGUCUGGUCCUAGAGCUGGGAGCUCAUUUGUCUCCUCGGCUGUUCCUCGUUAUCCAGGAUCCAAUGCUCGCGCCCAUGAGAUGAUCCCGGCUUCCCACCCCUUCCAUCUUCAGCAACGACCUACAAAUUCACCAGGCAUGCCCUCAUCUAACAUUCCCGCGGUCAGGAGAAUCGACGUUCCUGGGGGUUUGCCACUAGUAGUGGCAGCACCCCUACAACCUGAUCGCAAUGGCGGUUUUCCUAUCUUUCAUCGAACUCCUUCAGUCCGGGACCUUGAAGUAGAAAAUCCUUUGCCACAUCCAUAUAAUGGGUGGGAAAGAGAGUUCUUUUCUCGUUUUCCACCUGUAUUUUCCAGCAGGGACUCAGCACAUGCUUCAUAUCAUCAUGCUGCUGGUGACUCUGAUUCUGUCAACAGGUCUAGCAGCUUAUGGCCUCGACAUCGGUCCUAGAACAUCUCCCCCCUACUGUGGUUGCAAAAGUAUAUUACCUAAUUUAUCCAUUUGAAACUUUCAAUCGAAUUUCAUCUAAAUUAUGUCGGGAAGCAAACAUUGCUGUGGGUAUUCAUUCAUAAGCAUGGGUCCAUUUUUGUACAUUUUUUCAAACUUGUUUUUUUAUGUAACCACUAAACCUGUAAAUUCUCUUUUGGCUAUCUAGUGGUGCUAUAGCAUCAGUUUCUUUUUACGAUUGUUUACACUCAACUUUAUAUGUAUGUAUGUAUUGGAACUAGCUUUGUUAAACCAGAGGUUGUUUUAAUAUAUGGUGUAUUUGCAACUUU